CGCGACAAUUUUGGGUCAUCAGGACCAAAAGAUCAAAAGAUCCAACCAAGAUGGUGGCGCCCAGCGUCAGUGGCGGGUUUUCCAGUAUUCAGACCAAGUUUAAUGCAGCCUUGGCCCAAAACAUCCCACAAAGAUGCACAGAACUGGCCAAAAUCAUUGAUGAACAUCACACCAAGGACCUUCAUUCCAUCUACACCACUUUACUAGAGAAUAUCUUUGGGUUUAACUACUACACAGGAUGGGGGCUGAAAACUCUGAACAGGAAAACACAACCAGUGGAGUUCAAUGCAGUAAAAGCAUUCCUGUGUCCAGGAGGUCCCAUGUUCAGACUCUUCUACAAGCUGCAGUCUGAUGCCUUCAUCAGAUAUGAAUUCCCUUUGACAUGUUUACCAAUGCCCACCAGGCUGGCGUUACAGGAAGGAGCUGUUCCUGUGUUUUACAGCAACAAACUACAGAUGUUACAGCACGGACGUCCAGCCAACUUCCUGUCUCUCAAUGCGUUUGAGUUUUUCUUCUUCCAGUUUGCGUACUUCAUGGCUCAUCCCCAGAACCACAAGGUGAUGAACAACUGGGUCCUGCCGGCAGACAUGCUGUACCCGUGCCUGCUGGAGGACUACCUCAACCACUUCCUACCAGUGGAGGGAGAGGCACCCACACUACCCAACACUGCCAGUCCUAUUGGCAGCCCCCACUCCCCCAGCCAUGUCAGACAACAGUCCCCCGCCGGACCGUACCAUCACGGCCUGUCCUCCCCCUACGGAAGUCCGCACGCCAACGUGCUGGUCAGGCGAGCGCUCAUCAGCCAGGGCGUGGCCACGGGCGAUACCGGCGUGCACGAGUGCUGGCUGUCGGAGAGUUUUCUACAGAUUGUGACCGAGUUUUGGUUAAACCAGAACGCACUGAGGAUCCCCACCGCACAGUCAGAAGGGAAGUCAGCAACCCCACAGGGUGGUAACUCCCUAGAUGUGACCUACCGUGACCUUGCUCAGCAGUUGAAGGACAGUUUCAUGCCCAGUAAGGACCAUGUCCGUAUCGUCAGGAUGCUGGUCAAACAUGUGCACUACUUCUCCAACAGUGUGAAGGAGGUGUCUGUGACAUCACCAUACCACUCACCUGCACUACCGCCUAUUGAAGAACUGAAAAGAGCGAUCAUCCCUCAGUUUGUGCAGAAAAAGCUGUACGCGUUCCUGCGUCACGGGUUUGACCACUGGCCGUUAGACCACACCUUCCGCCUGAUGCUGGAGACGUGGCUGAGUUACGUCCAGCCCUGGCGAUACUCGGACCACAGCAAACCCAACAUUCCAGGCAGGGACAGCAGGGACAAGAUGAGCCCUGACAAGUGGGCCCAGUUUGUUGCAGAUAACCUGCUGUUCUACACCAGCUUGUUCCAGAUCUUCCUGACCAGAGUCUUCCGCCUGGACCUCAGCUCACCUCGCAACGCCUACAUGCUCUUCAGGGUCGCCAAGGUGUACGGGCAGCCCAAUCUUGCUCAGGUGAUAGAGGACUGUGAAGGAGACUUGUGUGAACCUGUUCCACGUAUGACCCAAGUCCGCAGACAUGGAGGCAGGGACAGUUUGUACGGCGAGGGCGCCAGUUUCCUGUCCCCGCCCACCACCAACCCCGCCGCCAUCCUGAGGAUGCAGUGUCUUGAGCUGGAGUCUUCAGGGUUUGAGUACAAACUCAUGUUUGGGGAGGAGACCAGUGCUGCGAUUGUGCAGCUGUUACAGAUCCUGAGCCAGGCCCGUCGUACCGCCCAGACCCUGUCCCAGCCGGAUGACACCGGUACCAGCCUGCUGGCCUGGAUGGGUCUGGGAGGGCAGACUGAACCAACAGCCAACAUGGGGGAGGGGGAGGAGUUCGGAGGGGCAGAUCUACGCAAGCUGGACGUUCACUUGGAACAGUCCAUGCACUUCCUCUGUAUGGUGUUUAGGCUUGACCCCCCAGCGACCCAGACAGUUGCCCAUCUCACUAGUGCCGGCAGCUGCCUGGAGGCAGACCGGACUCUACCACCUGAAUGUACCGAGGGGGAGGCAGGACAGGUCCUCACUCCAAGGGGCAGAUACCAGAUGAUGAACGGACUGAGAAGAUUUGACAUUGGUUACCAUGGUGAUCCAGAACUGCAGCCAAUCAGGAGCUACGAAAACCCUGCCCUGGUUCGAGCACUGUACAAGGUGUCGACCCUCAUGAACCAAAGAUUUUCAGACUAUCUCCAGGCGAUGUAUCACAGGGACGACCUGAUUGGCCGACUGGCUCACCAGUACCUGUCUCCGCCCUACGCCUCCCCUCCGACCCGCCUCAGUCCCGUACAGGCACAGCGCCGAGCGCUCUACUCCACACGGCCGCGUAUCAGCUUCAGGUUCCUCGCAAGCUACCAGAAUCUGGGAUAUCUGCUAGCCUUUCUGUUAUUGGCUUACAUGUUUUCUGUCGGGCCGCUAAAACUGAUGCUGUUUUUCCUGUUUGGUCUGUUUGCGUACGGAAUCAUUAUGGUGGUGGUUACGUAUGAUCGAUGGAAACCACUCAAACAUAGACAGUAAGAUGAUGAUAAGGCCGCACCAAUUUAAUUUGUUGCUUCUGGGAUUUUUUCAGAAAAAAUAUGAAGCGACAGGGCGAAA